AUGCCUCCCAAACGAACAAACAACCAAGCAGCACGAACAAACAACCAAACCAACACUCCUUCCCAACAAAACACCCAAACAACCCAGGCCUCUGUCCCAUCAAACCAAGUCGAACCUGGCUCCGAUGAUCCAAACAACCACAAAAACGACCCGAUCCGGUCCAACGAUCAGACAAAAGAUGUCUUUUGGAAGCGAGUGGCCGAGGAUUAUAACAAGUUUACAGGUGGUCCUCAUCGAGCUGAAGAUCGUUUAUCGGCAAGAUGGAAAAUAGUGCAGAACAGUUGCCUCAAGUUCACAGCAAUACAUGACCGACUUGAGAAGAAUCCAGCCUCCGGUUCUUCCCCUGAAGAUUGGCUCAAUAAUGCCAAAACAAUCUACUACGAGCAAGUCGGGAAGACAUUUUCGUAUGAGCGGCCUUGGAACCUUCUCCGACAUGUCGAAAAAUUCAAAUCCUUGGCUGGCCGAGCCAAGAACGGUGCUCCUCCUUCGACUCAAAAUCAAACCUCUCAGGGCGCAGGGCCUGCAUCACCUCCGGAUGCGACCAACGCUACAAGCAAUGCCGGCUCCAAAGGCAAGGAUUGGGAGCGUCCAAUCGGAGCACAUGCAGCGAAGCAACAAGCAAACGAGGAGGAAUACAAAAGAAAAAAACUCAAGCUAUUGGAAGCUUCGCAUAAAGAAUCGGUGAAACGAUCGGCUGAGGCAAAACGAUCAAACGACAUCCAAGCGGACCUCGUGGCAGGCGAACAGAAGAAGAUCGAUGUCAAUCUCAUGUUUCAAAAUCCAGCUAACUGUCCUGACGAUAUAUCCCGUCAAUUCCUACUAGCACAAAAGCAGAAGAUAUUCACCAAGUGGAUGGAUCCAUCCUUUGACAAGUCGGCCACUGGUGAAUCUUCUCAAACUCCGGCCGACCAAUCCUCUCAAGCUCCGACCGAUCGUUCGACACAACUGGCAAUUAGCGAACCGGAUGAGCAAAACGCGGGUGAUGAUGAGGAGGAACAGGAUGAUGAAGAAGAAUACAAAGAAUAUGACUACAACGAAGGUGAUCCACUGCCUUUAUAUGGCUUAGAUGCAUCAGUAGAUCCUACCCUAUAUUGA